UAUAUCCCUCAUGGAGUUACAAUUCUUGAUUUCUCUUUCUCUAGCUUCAUUCCGAUAUUGACUCCGGUGAUGGGAACAUUAAAUACAUUCUCUCAGGUGAAGGAGCCGGAACCAUUUUUGUGAUUGAUGACAAAUCAGGGAACAUUCAUGCCACCAAGACAUUGGACAGAGAAGAGAGAGCCCAGUACACGCUGAUGGCUCAGGCAGUGGACAGGGAUACCAACCGACCUCUGGAGCCACCAUCGGAGUUCAUUGUCAAGGUCCAGGACAUUAAUGAUAACCCUCCUGAGUUCCUGCAUGAGACUUAUCAUGCCACCGUGCCAGAGAGGUCCAAUGUGGGAACUUCGGUAAUCCAGGUGACAGCUUCAGAUGCUGAUGACCCCACCUAUGGAAACAGUGCCAAGUUAGUGUACAGUAUCCUAGAAGGACAGCCCUACUUUUCAGUGGAAGCACAGACAGGUACCGUGGAAUGCCAUUGUGAUUUAUGACGCAUUGUAAUCAGGUGUUUGGACUGUUUACUCAGCCUAUUUGAUUUUCCAUUUUCUCAAAUGUAGAAAGGACAUAAUAAGACACAUUUUACAGGACU